AUGUCGUUGAAAUCUGCUAUUGACAAUUUGUCGUCUGAGGAGAAACGGAAGAUCAGUGAGCUCAUCCAGACCAAAGAGAAGAAUGGCCACGACUCCUCCACGUCGUGGAUGUACGAGCAGCCGAAGAAGAACACGGAGGACUUCUUGUUGGGCAAGGCGAUCAAAAGUCUCGAGGAGUUGGCCGAGAUUAGUCGGGACCAGGACGAGGAGACUCCAGCGCAGCGUCUCACUCGUCUGGACAUGGAGGCGAAGUUUCGUGAGGAUCCGCUCAAUCUCAUGCGCCAACAUGAAUACGACAAGAGGAGCGCCCUCCUACAAAACACUGCUCGUAUGAAGAAGCUCCAGCGGCUGCAGCAGAAGCACGCAAUGGAGGCCAAGGAGAAGAAGAAGCGGAAGGAGAAGAAAAAGAGCAAGAAGAAGAAGAAGAAAAAGGAGGAGCACAAGGCAAAGCGACACCACACCAGCUCGUCUUCGUCAGAGUCCUCUGACAACUCCGAGGAUGACGCCAUCUUGGACAAGUUCAUCAGUAUUAUUCGAGCCGCCGAUAGGGAGAAACGCGAGGCGGGCGAGGGUGCCGAUAAAACGAAAGAGGAGGGCAAGAAGAGGGAGAAGCAUCACUCUAAGCUGCGGCGGAAGUCGCAUUCUCCAGGUUCCGGUCUUGAACCGGAUUCUCCAGUCAAGAAUCGUGACAAUCGGGCUCCUGAAGCGUGUACAUCCGUCAAGCCCAGUCACGACAGGGGUCAGACGGGGUCGAGAGACCUACAUCGUCGACGAAGGUCUAGGUCGAGGUCGUCAGAGAGACCACGCCACGACAGAGGCUCCCGCAGGUCGAGGUCACGCGAAAUGCCGUCUCGGCUCCACCGGCCACACCCUGGAAGACACGAGGAUGCCAAACCACGGGGUUGUCGACUGACCCAGGAGGAGAUGGCCGCGCUUCGAGCGCAGAUGGCAGCCGACGCGAAGGAGCGCGAGGCUGAACGCCGCGAGCGCUUCGAACAGCAUCGGGCGGAGAAGGCGCGCAGCGAGAUAGAGGAGUUAGAGGGGAAGUUGAAGCACGGUGCCUCUUUCCUGAAGGGACUCACUCUGGAUCACGUGGCCAGCUCGUCGGUGGAAGAGGUCGUCCAGAGAAAUGCGAAAUCACGCCAGCGUGGAGGAAUGGACGAAAACUUUUUGAAGAGAUGA